CACAAACGUUUUGCACAAUCUUGAGUCAGUCAAGUUUUGAGUGUAUUUCAGUCUGCAUAUUGAUACACCUGCGCCAGAAAUCUUUGAUUUUUUGAAUUGGUUGAAGGGAGUGGUUCUUUAUAUAAAAGGAAAAUUUUUGGGAAUAAAUGAAGAAAUCGAUUUGAAUUAAUAUCAAAAUAAUAAUAACAUCUCUUGUCAUCCAAAAAAGCAGACGGACACAACAAAAUUCCAUUAAAACGUAAAAUUCAUGGCGUUUAACUUAGCAUUGAUUUACACACUCACGAAAAAAAUAGAGAGAGAGAGAGAGAGAGAGAGAGAGAUAGAGAGAGAGUGAGAGAGAGUGUGUAUGUAUAAAUAUAUAGCGCAUAGUAUAGAAUUAAACAAAUUCUCGAUUAAAUGUAUAUUCUUCACCGCAUUUAUAUGCAGAGCUGCGUGUUGUCUGCGCGGCUCCGAAGCAAAACAAAACAACAACCGAUAACCAAUACAAAUGUUCGAGAUACACACACACGCAACCGGUUCAACGAAGAGUAGAUUAAUACAAGUCAUCGCUCACUGACACUGAGGCAUUUCGAGAGCUGAUUACAAUUUUUUUCGCACAAUUUACGAGCAAAGUAAAUAACAAUGCGCAAAAUAAACUCGAUAUAAUUAUAUCAUAUCAAAAUAAAUAUCGGUUCGUGUUUGGCUUACGAUUGUUGAACGCUCGACUCAUUUUGUUGGUGUGUCUGCAAUAGUGUAAACAAACUAUCAGCACUUAAAUAUCAAUUAAACGUGUCCACAAACCGAACUCCAACAGUAUUACCAAUAAUCCAAUGAAACUGAAUGCUGAAAAAUCAUCAAAAAUCAACUUCAGAGCGCUUUCACACUAAGAAAACCUCGUUAUUUCCGGAAAAAAUGACCGAUACCAUAGUCUACAAAAACGUAUUGGCCUGGAGAGGUUGUGAGAGACUCUAUAUGGACACAAGAACUUGUGAUGUUUUCUUUUUGUUUAAAUCCGAUAAUGACGAUUACGAGAAAGUGCCAGCACACAAGAGCAUUCUUUCUUCGGUGAGUCCGGUUUUCGAUGCAAUGUUCUACGGUUCACAUAAACAAAGCGGCGAUAUAAAAAUUGUCGACUCAACACCGCACGCAUUCAAAGAGUUUUUGCAGUUUUUCUACCUUGGCGCGGUGAAAUUGACGGCCGAGAAUGUGCCCGAGAUAAUGUACCUGAGCAAAGAGUACAUGUUAAAUGAUUGCCUCAAUGCAUGCGCUGACUUCUGCAAAGCGACUUUAACAUUGGACACAAUCUGCUGGGGAUAUGAAUUGGCGAUUCUCUUCGAACAAGAUGGGUUGAAACGGUAUUGCGAGCGAAAAAUCAGUGAAAACACCAAAGAAAUAUUCCAAUCAAACAGUUUUUUGAGCUGUGAAUCGAAUUUACUGCGUCACAUUUUACAGUUGAAUUCGUUAAAAUGUGACGAGUCAGUGGUGUUUGACGGUUGCAUAGCAUGGGCCAAAGCGGUUUGUGUACAAAAAGGCGUUGACGAAAUGAGUAUGCAGAAUUUACGGGCUCAACUCGGCGAACUGUUUGAUGAAAUUCGCUUUGGUCGCAUGAAAUUGGAGCACUUUUAUCCACGAUACUUGUCCUAUGCCGGCCUAUUUUCAGCCGGAGAAUUUCAAGAAAUCAUCAGCAAAAUCGCAUUCAAAGACUUCUGCCCAAGAUCAUUCAAUCGGAAUGCAUUCGUUUCGGAGAAUCAUUUUGAAAAUGAAGAUGUAUUGGUUUGCGAUCGAAAGUGUUCGAAAGACUCAUGCCAAUCGGACGAUCAAUAUAGAUUUCAAACGAAUGACAUUUUUGACAAUCUUUGCGUGGAUAAAACGAUUUUUCGAACAAAUUGCUUGUUGAUGUUGAAGAGAUUUGUUUGCCGGGUUGAGUUUAGCCGUGACAAUAAGACAGGCAUCUAUUCAACGGAAGCCAAAAUUAGAAUCAAUGAAGCACCAAGUGACGAUUACCCAGGGAUAUUGCUAUCGUUCGUUGAAGUCUCAUUGAAUAAUUCCGAUGAAAUUAUCGUGGAACUUCCAUCGCCAGUUGUGAUUAGCGCUGGCGUUAAGUAUGAAAUCGAAUUCGAAAUGGAAACCGGCAUCACUUACUCUAGUGAAAAGGCAACCAAACAAGUUCGGAUGGAACAAGGCAUUAUCGCCGAUUUUUUUGGAGUAUGUCACAAAGGUCGAGAAGGAAUUGUCAAAUGUUUGCAUUUUGCAAAGCAGAAUGAAUAGAUUCGUUUUUUUUAUUUUUUUUCGGUUUUUUCUGUAAUUCUGGGAAUUUUUGUGCCCUUUCUUUGCGACACUUACCAGAAAUAAAUCAUUCCGAUUUUUGUUUGAGAAUUUUCUUCAACUCAUAUUUAGUAAUGAAUAAAAAAUAUUUUUGUAAGAAUAUUUAAGGAAAUAAAAUCAAUUUGAAGGGGAACAAAAUGAAAUCGAAAUAAAGCCUCAAGGAAUAUGAGAAUUUUCUGCAUGUGAAUAAGUUGUUUAAUACCUUUACAUACUAUAGUUCUUGUUUAGCAUAUUUUCCCAUUAAAAAUUUGUAAUGACAUAAUAAGAAAUGACUAAAUUGAGUCUAAACUGAGUGACUUAGGCAUGGUUCGACUUAAAUCUAAA